GGUGUUUUCUCCCCUCAUGUACUUGGCCAUUCUUCUCGCUUGACGAAUUCGACAGGAACAGGUGACACACACAACACACACACCCAUCCAUCCAUAUCAUCCAUCCAUCCCCUGGAUCCAUCCAUCCAUUUCGCCAUGCACCACGGUCCGGUCCUCUUCCCUCGAUCAGAUCAUAGAUGUCGGGUGUUGAGGCCGAGGCCGAGAAGGAUAUCGACAUGGCAAACGAAUCGGUCAGCGAACGAUGAUUCAACAAACGACAGCCGGGCAUCUUCCGUGUGGGAUUGGAUACAUUUGCCAGGAUGAGGUCGUUGGCGUUGGUUUGGCUCAGCUCGAGUCCGAGUGUGUGUAUGAAGUCGGCGACUUCCUCACCACCAUCGAGCGCAAGCCGCUCUCACUCGUGUGCCACCAGCUGCACCAGAAGACCACCGACGCGUCAUACGGCAUCCUUUACCGUGACCUCACCAUCUCCAUCCUCGAACACAACUACUGGAAGAAGAUCACCAACCUCACAGGCACACUCAAAACACGACUGGUGGGUGGGCGGAUGGGCGGAUGGGCGGGAGGAGGGAAAGGCAUGGAUGUCGAGUGGAUGAAUGGUUUUCUGUAUGUGUGUGUGGGGGGGGGUCAGAGCAAGAUCAACACGGCAUUUAUCGAGACCGACGCUGACGAGGAUGUGCUGCCGUCUGUAGUGGAGGCAUCGAGGCGUCCAACGCCACACUCAGCUACAUCGGUGUGGACGACCCGGAGCGAGAGUGCUUCUUCAACGUGUUCGGCAACAGGGAGGGGGCGGGGGAGGGAGAGGGGAUGGGGGAGGGGGGUAGGGAGCCAGUGGUGUUUGAGAAGACCCAGCAGCUACACCUCACGGAUACACGAUACCUAGACCUAGCCGAGUAAGGGGAAGAGGGGCGGGAGGGGCUGCAGAGGUGCAAAUCUUUUGGUUUGUGGUGUGUGUUGGUGUGUCGUGUUAGGGAUCGCAAGUGGGCGUUUCCGAGUCUGGAGGUGCUGAGUGUGGGCAAGGUGGACCAGGAGUGUGUCGACAAGUGCAACCACCUUCCGGCCGUCACCCACAUCGUGUCAGCUUCGCCGAAGAUCACCUCCAUCACGGCCGAUGUCAUCGUCGUCAAGGAGGGGGACGAGUGGCAGGCGUUCACAAGGUAGAUGGAAGACUGGCGCGCCUCUGCUUUCGGUCUCACACACAUCUUUCCUUCCCUCUUUAUGUGUGCGUGUGUGUCGAUGUCAGUUCGCUGAGUGGUUGUCCCAAGCUCACCAGCAUCAGCGGCCUCUAUCUCGUCCCGCCCGAGAAUUACUACAGUGAACCUGAGUGAGCGGGGCCAGAAACUAGAUGGGAGGGAGGUAUGCACCAUGUCAUAUGUCCCUCUUCCUCCUGUCGUGUGUCAGUCCCGUUGAGUACAUCUACGAUCCGCUGGGCCGCCUCACCACGGCACUCGACACCAACUGGCGCACCGAUGACAUGAAAGGUAGGGGAGUGGGUGGGGGUGGGCAGAUUAAGACCACACACAGGGAGGGACUCUUUGCUACAUGUGUCAUCUGUGCUGUGCAGGUGUGGACAAGACCAUCACCAUUCACCAUCGCUUCUCGUUUGGCGCCGACUUCAGCCGCCAGCUGACAGACCGCAGCGGCCCCAACCACUUCGUGCUGCAGGACCUGCUCAACUGGGCGGACGAGACCAAAUGCCAAAUCGUGUGGAUGCCACGGUCGCCACGGUCGGUGAGACCUGCAGGGGGAAACGAACCGCAGACAGAGACGGGCACAUGCUCCGUGUCUAUGUGUGUGUGUGUGUGUGUGUGUUGUGCAGUGCGGCCGACACUUUCGAGCCUUGCAUCUUCGACAAGUUCGGCCCGCCGCAGUAUGACGACGUCGUCAUUGACUGCAGCAAGGAGGCCCCGGACACAAAACCCCCGGCCCCGCACGGACCUGUAGGCCAACUCAUCGCCAAUCUGACGAAAAAAUGCGACGCGGUGAGAGAGGGGUGUAUGGGGGAGGGAGGUGCAGCACACGGCCUAGAGCAAAAUGUCUGCCCUGCUCCUUUUUCCGUUCCUUCUCUCGCAGGUCAAGUUUGUGUACGGCGGUGCCCCCCUGCACGACACGUGGGGGCAGCUGCUGACAUUUCCCGCCGCCACCAAGCUCUCCAUCUACCCCCGCGACGACGACACCAUGGCCGUCCGCCAGGUGGUGAGCAGCAUCCCCGAGUGGCUGGUGGCCAAGGACCAGAACGGCAACAGCACCCAUCUGCCGGCCAUCCAGGACCUCUACAUCGACAUAUAUGGGUCUUCCAACACCUCUCACACCGACUCCUUGCCGACCGGUGCUGAGGCUGCCAGGCUGGAGCAGCUGUUGGGGGGUCUGGUGGGGGUGCGUAGGGUGUGGCUCGGGGCAAAGAGCCUCCGCGCCGUGUCGCAGUGUAUGUCGUAUCUGCAUGCCCGUGAGCUGAAGAAGUUGCACAUCAGCCUGGGCGAAAACCCAGCUGCGCUACCCGACUCAUCACACGUGCCCGUGCCUAGCCUAGCCUACCCUUCCGUCAAGUCGCUGCGUGUGUCGAAUGACUUUAGUAAGAUCAGCAAGGGGUGCGCGCGGUCUGUCUUGUCUCUGCUCAUGUCCAUCAAGCCAGCCAAAGCCAGCAUCGAUCUGACGCUCAGCACAGAGUCACUCGCACCAGGCCAGGGCCAAGACAACGGCUUCGACAAGUAUGUCUCUGCUUCCCUCAAGGAUUUGCGGCUGGAAGCAGAGAGGAGGGUGGGGUCGGCCUACGAUGUGGUGUCGUCUGUGUGUAAUGAGGGUAGCAUCUCGUUGCGCAUGUGGCUAGUGCUGAAGGAGGGGGGCAAGGGAGAGAAGGGCAAGGGGGGCAAGGGGGGAGGCAAGAAGGCCAAGUGAGUGAGGCGAUGUGGGCGGUUGGUGCAGAUGGUGGGCAGGUAGGUAGCAUGAUUUGCCGGAGGAACCGACCGUCUCACUCACUGGCAUCCGUAGAAUGGGCACAAUCGAAUUCGAUUCGUGUAUGUUUGCAUACCUAUCCCCACCCCUCUUCUAAUUCGCCAUCGCGCGUGUGUGAGGAUGGCCUACCACGGCCAUUCAGCACGUCGCCAUUCCACUGUCGGUGUGCAUGUCUGAGUGUGUGUGUGUGUGUUUGGUGUUGGGUGUGGGCAUCGGACUGACUGCAUGGGCAGGGAGGCGUUACAUGAAUGGACAAUAACCGGUAGCUGAUGUCAUUG